AUGACAACCGAUACCGCUGUUAAGCGCAACGGCACCAAGCUGUUAGUGCUGCACAUGGCCGCCGUGGAGAUUCUCAUGUGCGGAGCCAACCUGCCCAUGAACUACACGCAGACCUACUUUGCCAGUUACCCGUCAUCGGUUCUGUUGUGCACCUUUCUGCAACUCCCGUUCGGGAUCACCCGCACCCUGGCCAACUGGACCGAUUUCAUCCUAUCCGUAAACCGCUUAUCCGCCAUCGCUUUCCCUAAUUUCUACCGGAAACGAAUAACAAACCACAGCCUGAACGUGGUCUCGCUGGUCAUCGUGUGGCUAAUAUCCACCUCCAUCUUCAUUCCAUUCGCUUUUGGAUGGGGCGCGCGUUUUCAGACUAUGCCGCCACUAUACGCCUGCGGCGUGCAGAUCCUGGACGGUAACAGUAUCGCCAUAAAACUACACGUUUUUCUGACCACGAAUAUACCGCUGGGAUUGACAGCGGCCUCUUAUUUGGUUAUGCUGAUGCACGUCAUGUACCGUCGCCUCGUGAUGGGGCGUGCGCAACGUCUGCGUACGCGCAAUCGCGCCGUGAAACUCUCAUUAACGCUCUGCUUAUCCGCUGUCUUGAGAAGCGUCUGUUACUUUCCCCAUACAGUUAUUUCUGCAUAUAACCGGGCACUCUUUGAUGACCAUCCCAUGCUUGUGGCCUGGCUACGCACCGCAUUUGCAUUUGGCUACGCCGGAAAUCCCGUGAUUUUCUUCACAGUUCAUCAGGAAUACCGUGCCGCUUUAAGCCAAUGGUGGGCAAUUUUCGUGCAUAAAGCGUGGAAGAAACCGACGGCUGUUUAUCCUGUUAUGAUGGAGCUUUCGCACAGAUCCAAGGAUUUGGCAGCUGAGUCGAGCUUUAAACAAGGAAUGGAUGUGGGCAACAGCGCACAAGGCUCCAUAAGUGUCAGCAGCAAAUUUCGAUGA